GCAAGCGCAGCAGCAGGUCCAGCAGCAGCAGCAGCAGCCCCAACAGCAGCAUCAGCAGCAACAACAGCAAGCUAACUCCCCAGGAGGUGGAAAUGUGGGGAAAAGUAGUCCCUCGCCGGGAAAUUCGGCAUCUCCUGGAACUGUAACAGCAGCGAACAAAUCACAAACCGAACCUAAACCGGUCGAGUGCAAUUUGUGCCAUCGGAAAUUCAAAAACAUACCGGCUCUCAAUGGUCAUAUGAGACUGCAUGGCGGUUACUUCAAAAAGGAUGCUGAGAACAAAAAGAGUGAAAAGAAGGAGGUUGUUGGACCACCGCUGCAAACUGCAUCUGUCAGUGUAAGGGCACUCAUCGAGGAAAAGAUUAUACAGAAAAGAACGACUGCAGCCGACACAAGCACAAAUCAACAGCCCCGGACGAAUAUGACGGUUUUUACCACACAAGCCGACAAUGCGUCGCAGAUUUCCGGUAAAACGAGUUUCGCGGUGCCAGCACCGCCGCCAUUGGCCUCCGCGGACAAGGUUCGCAGACUUUCGGACGGCGAACACUUCCGGCAGCCCAACGUCACCGUUUCCGGCCACGCGACCGUGCAGAAACAGCUACAAGAAGCGCAAACCCAGGCACAGGCGCAGGCGCUGGCCGACAUUAUUCUGAAGGGGACUAAGAUGGCUGUGAAAAGAACAACUUCCGAUCCCGGCCAGAGACUGCACUUGACGUACCAGCCAUCGGUUCAGUCGACGAAUAAUCAGCAACAACAACAGCAGCAGCAGCAGCAGCAGCAACAACAACAGCAGCAGCAGCAGCAACAGCAGCAACAACAACAGCAGCAAAAUAAUCAACCUCAAGCACAACCCGCAGUUACAGACAGUUUCUCUAUGACUGGUUAUUCUGAAGACGGUGGUUAUUUCAGUCCAAGUCUGCAAGAUGAAGUGUUCCAGCAAGUCACCGCUGUUCCUGACAGUGUUCUGCUUCAUGCUACUCAGUUGGAUUCUCUUCAGUUUCAGACCGCGAGUCUGCUGCAAGAACAAUCGACGGAGCAACUGCAGGACAUUACUCUGGAGGAUCGAUACUCGUCGCAGCACACGGUGAACCCGGACCUGCAGGCGUUGGUCAACUCUCCAUUACCCGAUUCACUGGCCGAAUUCAGUACUUAUGGUGCCCAGUACACAGAAAGUCCACAUACCUUGCCCGCACAAUCCCCGUUGCCGUCACCAUUGACCAGACACGACAGUCCCAGUUUCACAUAUCCAACACCUCCAGCGAGUCAAGAGGGUCUCCUGACGGGUAGUUUUCCUCUGUUGAGCCCGCAAGAGGACCCAGAAAGCGUCAGACAAGUGUCGUCGCCUUUAUCCGCGGCUUUCUACACGACAACCAUGUCAUCCGCGGCGGCUGUCGAGGAAGCGCUCAGCGAAGUGUUGCCGGCCGAAUCGGAAGCGGACGCGGAUCUGUACGGUUCCGGUUCGCCUAAUCCGCAUUCGCCACUGCCAAGUCCUUUGUCCGCGACCCCAGCACCGUCGCCCUUGUCGUCGUUGCCGCCAUCGUCGGUGUCCUCGCCAGGACCAGUGUCGUUCACGGGCACCAGCUUCCCGGUAUCUCCCCACCACGCUCUGCAAAGCCAAAUGAUGCCUAAUUCGGAGGAUCCGUUACUCUCCUCGACCCCGAAGGACUUCACCACCGCCAGUCGAAGACGGUUCGAAUUUCAGUCGUACAAGUUCAUCGCCAGCCAGAACCUGGUGGACUUCGGUCUGGGCAACGGUAGUCUGGCGGGAAUCGUGGUCGACAACAACGGCGAGUUCAAGCUGAUACAAACUGCCGGGUUGCAGAAGACGAACGUGCUGGUUCAGACGGGCUCCCUGAGCCCGGCUCUCACCUUCAAGAAGGAGAUGCGACUGACGACGCCGAAGGUGGAGCCUGUCACCGUAAACCUGGGUCUGAAUGUGCACACCAACCAUCAGUACAACGCUGGACAGUUCAACCAACAGCAACUAGUGAACCCGGCCAAGUUCCUCAUCCAGACGAACCCGGCCAAGAACUGUAACUUCAGACAGAAGACACCCAGCGGUAGCAGUUUGCCGAUCCCCGUGGAGCAGAUCAAGGAAGAGCUACUCGACGAAGACGUGUUCCUUAAUCCCAGCAACGUACCCGCUGGAAGCCCGGUCAGACAGUGCAGGAAAAGGCCGCGUAUGGACGGGAACUUGUACGCCAAUCAUUCGUAUCCAUCGAGAUUGAGGAAGGCCUGCGAUCGCCAUUGGGAUAGCAGUUACACACCGCCGCCCAUAUUGGACCCUUCCCGUCCUGGACCUGGACUGUACGCCAGGUUGCAUCAGUACGAGAGGGACUCCGACUUCAGCUCGGACGAUUCUCAAGGGAACGAUGGACCUCCGCCUAGGAUCAACAUCGGAACGAGGUAUCAAGCUACUAUACCGCCUGUGGGAAGUGACGGCGACAGAGGAAAGGGAGAGCCGGAAGCUGAUCAUCUGCUGUGGGAUCCUGGUAUAAAUAACGUGCUGACGGAUAAUGAACUGGAGAUGUAUCUGCAAUUUGCAUGCUGCGCUGCGGUGCCUGGUGGAGGAAGAAACAAAGAGUAUGCUCUUCAUCUGCUACACAUGUGCAGGGGAAACAUUCAUGAAGCGAUGCUGAAGCUGAUGAGACCAACGCCAUUAUUGCCAGCUGAACAUCCGUUGCUCAGUUACGAGUGUCACGAGUCCGACCGAUGGACGUCGCAGGAAAUGGACGCUUUCUAUCAGGGCCUGCUGAAGUACAACAAAGACUUCUCCGCGAUUUCGCGAGACGUGGCUGGCAAAUCGGCGAAACAAUGCGUGCAAUUCUAUUACCUGUGGAAGAGGCUCUGUCCGGACGAAUACAAGAGGCUGCGUGUUCGUCAUGGCAAACCAAAGAUUAAGACAGAGAGCAAGGAUUGCAAGGACACCAGAGAGCUUCGCGACGCCAUCGCGUCUGUCACGGAGAUGGACUUCAGCGAGGACAAAUCGAUUCUCCACCGCACCCUGUUACAGACAAACGAAAGAGAAAAUUCGGCUACCCUAACCACCAGCGAUGGAGAGCUGAGAUUAUUUGCAUACGAUUGCCCAGAUAGCUUUAGCGGAAGCGUAACAGUAACGAUGGCCGGGAGCACCCAAACCGCCCAAACCGGCAAUACCGGCCACGCCACAGUCAACACCAACUCACAAACUCACACUAGUUCUGAGCAACAACUACCCGUGCCCACCCCACUUCACUACCCCUGCAAGAUUUGCGGGAAAGUUUUCAACAAAGUGAAAAGCAGAAGCGCGCACAUGAAAUCGCACAGGCCGGUGCCCUCGCCCGAUUCAACGGGUCAGGAAUCUAAGAGGCCUGUCCAGCAGCAGUCGAAGGUGCAGCAGUCGCAGCAGUCCAAUCAGCGCCAGCAGCAACAGCAGCAACCGCAGCAGCAAUCACCGCAGCAACAGCAACAGCCGCAACAACAAUCGAGCAGCGUAUCACCGCAGGCCCAAGACUACAAUCAGCAGCAACUGCCUUCCAGCAAUGGCGACACCGGAGCUCAGAAGCCAGCCCACUUAUGGCACAACCCGACACGGCUUAGGCCACCAUAGGACGACGCCCAGCCGGUCCAACUAAAGUUACCUUAACGAAGGCUGUAAACGGUAGGAAAAAACACGAAGCAUUUGUAGACAGGCUUCGGCCUGAAGUCACGAGAAGAAGCUGGUCCACUGAGCCGAGCCUCCUAAUUCUUCCACAAAAUAGUGAAAAGGGAUUAACUGUUGACGGUGCUCCGCCAUAUCGUCGUGCACGAACUAUGGUUUCGUGGACUAUGGAGGGUGCACGAUGAGCGGUCUCCCUCGCGGAAGAAGGCUUUUCUUUCGGUUUUCAUCGAGCACAACGGACCUUCUUCAUCGACAAUGGCCUAGAGAGAAGAGACUCUUUAUCAACGAGCAACCAUCCAAACUACCCGGAUAGAGUUAAGUUGGAACGCGACUUAGCUGAUAUAUUCGCCACGAACGGUGGCGAUAUUGAACGAUUAUCGCGAUCAUCGAUGUACCUAAUCGCACGUGAAAUGUUCCCAGGAUUGUGCCACGCAAGACAUUACUGUUACCUGUUGCUUCUUCUGUCGUUUUAUCAUUGUUCCCUUUUCUUCUAUACCUUCUUCGCACUUUAUGUACCUUUCUUUCUUCUGGAUUUUUUUUAUUUCGAGGUACGGUGGCGGGGGGUGGGAGUACAUGGUACCUGGCGGAAUUUUCUAUUUUAUAUCUGGGAAAUUGUUUUGUGAUUUUUUUAGUUAGAGGUAUAGAGAUGUUAAGUUUUUCGAUUGGUAUAUUUGUAAGUUUGGAAUUUUUUAUUGGUGAUUUGUAAAAUUCUUAAA